AUGCAGAUGCUCACGAAGUUUGAAUCAAAGUCAAAUCGAGUGAAAGGCAUUGCUUUUCACCAAAAGCUCCCGCUCCUUGCUGCGUCACUGCACAAUGGCUCGAUCCAGCUGUGGAACUAUCAAACCGGUACGAUCUAUGAGCGCCUCGAGGACCAUGAGGGGCCUGUUCGUGGAGUUUCUUUCCAUCCCACGCAGCCGCUCCUUGUGAGUGGUGGUGACGACUACAAGGUCAAGGUGUGGAACCAUAAGACUGGCAAGGUCCUGUUUACUUUGCAUGGACAUCUGGACUAUGUGCGAUCGGUCUUUUUCCAUCACGAGCACCCGUGGAUCAUCAGUGCUUCUGAUGACCAAACGAUCCGAAUUUGGAACUGGCAAAGUCGCACUUGCAUUGCCGUGCUAACAGGACACAACCAUUAUGUCAUGUGCGCACAGUUCCAUCCGUAUGAAGACCUUAUUGUGUCUGCCUCCAUGGACCAGACUGUGCGAGUGUGGGACUUCACAACGUUGAAGCAAAAAUCAACGACUGCGCAACCCAUGGGCCUCGAAGAGCAGAUGAUUCGGGCUAGUAGCGCGCAGAUGGAUCUGUUUGCUAACAUGGAUGUGGUUGUCAAGUAUGUACUUGAGGGACACGAUCGUGGAGUGAACUGGGCAGCCUUUCAUCCCGCUCUGCCGCUCAUUGUCUCGGCGAGUGACGAUCGUCAAAUUAAGCUCUGGCGCAUGUCCGACACGAAGGCGUGGGAAGUUGACACUUGCCGCGGCCAUUACAACAAUGUGUCGGCAGCCCUCUUCCAUCCACAUGCAGAGUUGAUCCUCUCCGUCUCGGAGGACAAGACCAUUCGUGUGUGGGACAUGGGCAAGCGGACAGCUGUGCAGACAUUUCGGCGUGAGCACGAUCGCUUCUGGGUGCUUACAGCCCACUCGCACCUCAAUUUGUUUGCCGCUGGGCACGACAGCGGGUUGAUUGUGUUUAAGCUGGAGCGCGAGCGUCCGCCAUUCGCGCUGCACAACCAGUCGCUGUACUAUGUGCGUAACAAGCAGGUGCGCCUGCUCGACUACAACACAGGCAAAGACCAAGCUCUUUUGAGCAUUCGGCGCUUGGGCAACCAGUAUGUUCAGCCGCGCUCGCUGAGCUUCAAUCCUGCUGAGCGAUCCGUCAUUGUCACGUCGCUGAACGGCGAUGUGGGUGUGUACGACAUUGCGCCGCUGCCACACACACCGCCCACAGAGCUGUCAGAAAGUGGGUCGGUCGGCAAACGUGGGCAGGGCUCGACAGCACUCUUCAUCGCACGAAACCGACUGGCCGUGCUGCAAAAGAGCCAGCAGAAAGUCGAGAUUCGUGACCUGUUGAAUCAGAACGUCAAGACACUCGCCCUGCCGCAGCCGACAAAUGAGAUCUUCUACGGUGGCCCGUCGCAUCUCCUGUUGAGCACGCCGACAAAUGUCUUGUUGUUCGAUACACAGCAGCAGAAUGUGACUGGCGAGAUAGCUAGUCCUGCUGUCAAGUACGCCGUAUGGAGCCCCGAUGGCUCGCAUGUGGCGUUGCUGUCGAAGCAUACGAUUACCCUGACGGACAAGAAUUUUGCCAAGUCACAUUUGAUUCACGAGACGAUCCGGAUCAAGAGCGCUGCCUGGGACACGAAUGGCGUGUUGCUGUAUAGCACGUUGAACCAUAUAAAGUAUGCUUUGCCACAAGGCGAUGUCGGCAUCAUAAAAACACUGGAGCAACCACUUUACUUGACGCGUGUGAAGGGUUCGACCGUGUACAGCCUGGAUCGUCAGGCAUGCCCGCGGACGGUGGCUAUUGAUCCUACCGAGUACAAGUUCAAGCUCGCCCUCUUGCAGGGUCGCUAUGAUGAGGUGCUUAGCAUCAUCCGCACGUCCCGCCUUGUGGGUCAGUCUAUCAUUGCGUAUCUGCAGAAAAAGGGCUUCCCGGAAAUUGCACUGCACUUUGUACAGGACAAGACAACGCGCUUUGAUCUUGCCGUCGAAUGUGGGAACCUCGAUGUCGCUCUCGAGACGGCCGAGGCCAUUAAUGUGCCAGAGAUCUGGUCGCGACUCGGACAGGCUGCACUGCGUCUCGGCGCUCACCACAUUGUUGAACGCGCGUACCAAAAGACCAAGGACUUUGACCAGCUUUCGUUCCUGUACCUGAUUACAGGCAACGCUGACAAGCUGGGGAAAAUGACGAAUAUUGCGGAACGCCGUGGUAAUGUUCAGAGUCUGUACCACAAUGCCGUGCUGAACAACGAUGCGACAACCCAGGCCCGCGUGCUGCAAGGCGCUGGCAUGGGCGUACUCGCAUACUUGACGGCACAGCGUGCGGGCGAUGACGCUUGGGCCGCUGAAAUUGCUCAGGAAGCAGGCAUUGAAGCCGAGGAGGCGCAUGCUGCGCUGGGUGAGUGUGCACCCACCGCGGCUGGUCUGCCACCUGUCCGGUUUGCGACGAGUCAACAAGACUGGCCGCUAGCGGAGCCAAAGGAGAACUACUUCGACAAAGAGUUGCUCGCUGGCACAGAUGGCGGUGUCAUUUUUGAAGACAAUGCGGUCAAUGCGCCGACGCACGACAUUGACUCGUGGCUGGAAGGCGAUGCCUUUGCAGAGGAAGGCGAUGACAUCGACGAUGAAUACGGCGACCGCUCUGGCGCUAUGGGUGCUCCACCGAUCGACAUGAAUGCGGCAGAAGAAGCGUGGGACCUGGAUGAGGGUGUUGUGGCGCCAGCUGAAGAAGAGCUCGGACAACAGAUUGCGCCCCUGGCCGACGUGGCAUCGCUCGAAGGCCUGGCCCCAGGCAGCGCUGAGGACGAGCACUGGCUGCGAAAUUCGCCGGUUGCUGCCGACCUUGCCGCCGCCGGCGCCUUCGAUACCGCUUUGCAGCUACUGCAGCGUCAAGCAGGCAUUGUGGCAUAUGAGCCGCUCGUGCCUUGGCUGUGGCGUGCGUUCGUCGCGGCACGUGCGGUUGUGCCGGGAGCGCCAGGUAUGCCGCCACUCGUCGUACACAUGCGGCGGAACAACGAAGCGAGUGAAGGAGACCUUGGCAAGGUCCUGCCGGCAAGUCCAUUGCGUCUAGCCUACUUGGAGUCACACACACUUGCGUCGGCGUAUCGUGCUGUGAGCGCCAACAAGCUGCAGGAUGCAGAGCACGAAUUCCGCUCACUCCUACACAUGCUCGUGCUGACGCCGGCGGUCGACGACACGGAAGCACAACGGAUUUCGGAGCUGAUGGGCGAGUGUCGCGAGUAUCUCAUUGGCAUUUCGAUCGAGCUGGAACGAGGUGCGCUCGCAACCAGUGAGCCGGACCAGGUCGCACGGAUCCUUGAGUUGGCCGCUUUGUUUACGCAUGUGCAAAUGCAGCCGCAGCACCAGAUGCUUGCAUUGCGCAUUGCUAUGAUGGAGGCGCGUCGUGUAGGCAAUCUAGCGAUGGCCGGCCAUUUUGCUCGGCGGCUGAUUGAGCUACAACCACCGGCGAAAGUGGUGCAAGUAGCGCAACAAAUCGUAUCGCUGUCUGAUCGGCAGCCACGUGAUGUUGUGCCUGUGCCUUCGUAUUCAGUGCAUGAGACGGACUAUGUCGUAUGUGCUGGCAGCCAUACACUGAUUCCCGCUGGCGGUGCCAAUGCAGUGCUCGACCCGUUGACAGGAGCCAAGUACCUGCCUGAAUUCCGCGGCACUCUGUGCAAGGUGAGUGGGAUCAGCGAAGUCGGUCGCUUCGCCACAGGUCUGCGCAAUUUGGCUUAA